GUCGUUUUUAGGGGGACUGCAUGUACAUGUGUACGCGUAUGAAGAAAAAAUUGCAUUUGUUGUUAUCUCGUGCAACUUGAGGGAAUGACGAGUACGAGUUGAAAUCGGUACAACUCACUCAAAGUAGCACCACAGCCCUUGUUAGAAAAAAAGUGCAUUUUGGAAUUUAAAAACCACCUCAGCAGUGUGUGGUGCAGAGGUGUGCAUUCCUGUCACCGUAUCUUUCCAAGUUAACCUGCAACUGCAACAUUUUAUGAGUGAACCGUUUGCUUUAGCUGAUGAAGCUGUACCCAUCAACCAGAAUGGCAACCGACACCUCACAGCAAAGCAACGAUGUCUCCUCGUCCUCGACAAAUGAAGACAAAAAGUUGCAUUCCUUUACUGGUAGCCACAGUAAAACGAUGCUGCAGACUCUAAACAGCCUGCGAAGACAGUCUUUACUCUGUGAUGUCACCGUGGUUGUGGAGGGGACGGAGUUUCCCGCCCAUCGUGUGAUCCUGGCGGCGUGUAGCCCCUACUUCUGUGCAAUGUUUACAAACGAGAUGAGUGAAAGUGCCAAACCAAGUGUAGAACUUCAAGGCCUGAAAGCCAGUGCAAUGGAAAUCCUGCUACAAUUCAUAUACACUGAAGAAGUGGCGGUAACGGUGGAGAACGUUCAAGAAUUACUGCCAUCUGCUUGUCUCUUACAGCUGAAAGGUGUUGAAGAUGCAUGCUGUGCCUUUCUCACUAAGCAACUGGACCCUUCUAACUGCCUUGGAAUUGCCAAGUUUGCCGAGAGUCAUGCUUGUGUAGAACUCCAAAAUGCUGCAGAGGGAUAUUGUUCCUGUUACUUCACCCAAGUAGUUACCCACGAAGAAUACUUGGCCUUGGAUGCGGAUGAAGUGGCAAAGCUGAUCCAGAGAGAUAACCUUGAGGUGGAAAGUGAGGAACCUUUAUAUCAAGCUGUAAUGAGUUGGAUCAACCAUAACACAGCAGAGAGAGAUGACCAACUGCCCAAACUACUCCAACACAUACGUGUCCCGCUCAUGACACCCAAGUUCAUUACUGACGUCCUUGACAAGGAGCCCUUGAUCAGGCAGAGCUUGGCUUGUCGGGAUCUUGUCGAUGAAGGAAAGCGGUUUCACCUGCGGCCAGAUUGUAGAGCUGAGAUGACAGGGACUACCUUCCAGCCCAGAACUGGUGGGGAUGAGCGGCUGGUUGUGAUUGGUGGAUUCGGAAGCCAACAGGUGCCUCUGACUGUUGUGGAGGAGUACAACCCAAAGACAAAGCAGUGGCACUCCCUGCCUGAUUUGAGUAGGAGACGACGCUAUCUGGCAGCAGUGAUGCACGACGCUCGUAUCUACACUAUUGGGGGUUACGAUGGCACCACAAGACUCAACAUUGUGGAGUGUCUCAAGUUCACUGACGGUCAACCUUCCUGGACGUCCAUGGCUUCGCUGAAUCAGAAGAGAGGUCUGCCUGGGUCAACCGUUCUCAAUGAUGUGAUCUAUGCUGCCGGAGGUUUUGACGGAAGUAGUCGCCUGAAAUCUGUUGAGUGCUAUGAUCCACACAUUGACCGCUGGACGAUGACUCAGGACAUGAACGCUGGACGAGAGGGUGCCGGUUUGACCACAGGAAACUCUGCCCUUUACAGCAUUGGUGGUUACGACGGUAGCAGUAUACUGGACUCUGUAGAGAUGUUGGAUCCUAGAAGUGGCCAGUGGUCAGCUGUGGCUUCUAUGAAUGUCAAUCGAUCAGGAGCGGGUGUUGCUACCAUCAAUGAUAUGAUCUAUGCGUUUGGAGGUUACAACGGUUCCCAUCAUCUCGCAUCGGUAGAGUGCUACAACCCUAGGACCAACUCCUGGUCACUGGUAUCCAGCAUGACCACGUCUAGAUGCUAUGUCGGCGCCGUUGCCAUUCAAGGCAAAGUGUGUGCAGUUGGAGGGUAUGAUGGGAGAAGCCUAUUGAACACCAUAGAAACAUAUGAUACAGUCAACGACUGUUGGAUGCUGGAAGAAACAACGGCUCAGAAACGAUGUGACGCUGGUGUCUCCGUUCUAAGAAGGAGUGAUCCAAGAUUAGGAUUCACACUGUAAAUGGGUACAUGUUUAUGCAACAAAUGUAUAAUUUUUCCCCCCCAAUCUCACUUACUGGCUGGAAGUACAAGUGCUAUCAAAGGGUAAAUGAAAUGACUUUUGGUAAAUGUUACCAACUGAUUUAACCAAAGUUUAAAAUUCCAACUGAAGCUUAUAAAUAUGAACAGAGCCAGCUUGGUUGGGGGGGGUGUUUGUUUACUAUUCUGUAAUAUAUUGUUAAUAAUCGUCGGAUUUUAACAGCGCCCCGAUUAAAUGUAUGGUACGACACCCCCUCCCCUAUUGAGUUUACAAGGCCAAGCGUCCAAACAAAAAACCGGUCCACAAUUCAGCAUUGAUUUGCUGAUGAACCCCGUCCCCUUGCAAAAAAUUCUGGAUCCGCCCCUGCAUAUUCUAUACAUUAAGGGUCCAAAGUGUGGCUUUUUGUCCUAUCCCUGUUAUCUUGGUACUCUGUAAUUUGCCAUUCAAGUUAUCAUUAAAAAUGACUUAAAACAAAUUUUGUUUGUAUUUUGUUGGGUAG